AUGUCCGCAAAUCUGUUGACAGUAUGGAACGUGAUGCAGAACGCGCCAUUGGAUCUGAGCAGACGCGGGAGCGCGUGGAAGAGCGGCAGUGUGGUGAACGCUUUGAAGUUCCAACGGCGCCUCCCCUGCCAGGUCUGCGGCAAGAGCUUCGACAGGCCGUCCCUGCUGAAGAGGCACCUGCGAACGCACACCGGGGAGAAGCCGCACGGCUGCACGGUAUGCGGCAAGAUGUUUAGCACAAGCAGUUCAUUGAAUACUCACAUUAGGAUUCAUACCGGUGAACGUCCUCAUGAAUGCCCGAUGUGUGGAAAGCGCUUCACCGCUUCGUCGAACUUGUAUUACCAUCGCAUGACGCACUACAAGGAGAAGCCGCACAAGUGCGACGAAUGCGGACGCUCCUUCCCGACUCCCGGUGACCUGAGGGCCCAUGGAUACUCGCACACCGGUAACUGGCCGUUGCGUUGCCCCGUCUGCAACAGAGGAUUCUGCAAGCUCGGCGCCCUGCAGCAUCACGUGAAAUCGCACGGUGAUUAUCCGUAUCGUUGCGGCGUCUACAACCAGAAGCUCCCCGUCAUCGGCAACCUGCGCGUCCACGAGCGUCUACACGACUCCCACCACGUGUCGGGUAACGGCGCGGGAAGCUGCACGAGCAUAGACAGCGGUAUCUCAAGCGUCGAGAUUAUCAGGUUCGAGGGUCUCGACAAUAAUUACAUGCACUUACCCGGCGCGUACUCGUGGCCGUCGUGGAUGUCGUUGCAGUUUAAAAAUUAAUCCGACGUCGCGCGUCUCUUCGGCCGCGCGCAGUCCGGAGUUUAUCUAUCGCGGGGCCGACAUCUCUCUCGUGAGGCCGACGCUUUUUGAAUCUCACCUAUCUCACCUUAAUUAACGUGCGUGUACGCAUGAUGAGAGCGCAAGAACGGAAUAAUCAGUAAUAAUAAUCAGCGUGAUUAACAAGCGACGAGAUAUCGCGAGUAGACGAGAGAAGGGUGAGUCUUAACUGUCAGCAAGGCGAUUCGAGCGAGUCGCCUUGAUUGUUGCUCGCUGGAACAUUUUGUGACAUUUAGGAGGCUCAGCGUGUCUCGAUGUCGCAGCGCAUACUUUAGUGAAUAAUUUAUUAUUUACGAUAGAUCGUCGUGUACACUGUGUAUAAGUAACGAGAGAAUAAACU